AUGAAGUUUCUUGCCAUCCUUUUGCUGUCAGCAGUAGCCUUGGCCAUUGCUGUUCCAGCCAAAUUUGCCAAUGAUCCCCGUUGCGAUUCUGACUGGACCUAUUUCGAUCUGACCAGCUCUUGCUACUAUCAGAACAAAUGGGCAUGGACUGAUGGCAGUGAUACCAGCUAUCUGAAUUGGAUGAAAGGAAAACCAGAAAAGGACGCAAGCAAGUAUGCCUGCACCCAGAUCCUUCAAGAUGACUACAAAGGUUCGAAAACGCAGUGGAAUGAUGUAGACUGUGGCAUAAAAAUGAGAAAAUACGUGUGCAAGAAGCCAGCCAAAUCCUAA